UUAGACUUCAUCCUCAACGUUCCUAGGUCAGUUUCCUCGUCUUGGAUGAGCUGAACACCAGCGCAAAUACGGACGCGCAUACGCGACGCCAAGCGAGGACGAUAAGAACGAGACAGGCGCUAGCGGGAAGGCUCCGAACAUCCCAGGCGUGCCUUGAACGCGCAGCUAACCUCCGGCAUUCAAGUAUAAAGGACAUCCUCGGAGCCCAUUCUGCGCGAACAGUGGCGCAGAAUCAAACCACCCGCUUAUACCCGAGAGCAGAAUCAUGACAGAAACAAAAUCCGAAAACGAAGCACAACCUGUGCCAGAGCCGGAGUUUUUUCCGAGGCAGCCCCCGAGAGUUAUUAUCCCAACGGAACUCGGCACGAUACGCACUCGACGACUCAUUCUCCGGCCACUGGCGCUUUCUGAUGCAGAGGAUAUCUUCGAGCACCGACGGCUUCAAGCUGUUGCGGACUGGCUAAUCAACCCAAUACCCGACAACACCGUCGACGAUACGCGAGAGUAUAUCAAGGAGCAGAUCUUCACGACACCCGAUGCAUCAGGUGCGACAGGUCGCAUGUUCUCCUACGCGAUCCUUCUGGCCGACGACCCCACGGAAAAAGUUAUUGGCGCACUAGGGAUUCAUGCUCUCGUCCCCGCGCCAGUGAUCUGGUACCAUACUCACCCGUAUAGUUGGGGGCAGGGGUUUGCGAGUGAGGCGCUAGGCGCGGUACUGGAUGCGUGGUGGAAGUUGCCUCGGUCGAACACGGAGAAGGAUCGGGAGGAGGCGAGGACUGAAAAGGUGUUUGCAGGGCCCUUUAAGGAGAUCAACCUGCUUGGGAGGGAUGCGAUGUUGCUUGCGGCCGAGAGGCCGAACGAUGAGCUGGUCUAG